UUUGGGAUUUAACCAUGGUCGAUUUUUUCGGUAAAGCUAAGUAAGGCGAAUGCUAUUGAAGAAGGCUGAAGCUGAUUAAUAGUUACUGUGCCUGCUUUCUCAGUGCUGUGAGAAGGCUGUGGCGGUAAUGAGAGGACUAACGGCUGCUUGUCGGUGUGCAGGCUGAGGGAGGAAGAAGGCGAGCAUGGCGACAGGGGAUGUGAAAGGAAGUCUCCGGAAGCUGCAGGCUUGUCUCCGCUCUGUAAAAUACCCCAGAGAUGUGGACUAUCAGGGGUUAGCUAAAGGAGAUCCGUCGUGCUGUCUCCCCAUCGUCAGCUACGCCUUCACCUCCUUCUCCACUGCUGUGGCUGAACAUCUGGUGGAGUUCGGCAUCGAGCUCACAGGAAAAAAUGACCUGAGCUUCAUGGAGUCUGUUUACAAGAUCCUGCGUGAUCUCUUCAAUUAUAAACCCCUGUUGACUAAGCAGCAGUUCCUGCAGUUUGGUUUUGCUGAGAGGAAGAUCGCUCUUCUCUGCGACAUCAUUGGCUUCGUCCUGGACAAACACAAACAGCUCACUAAAGGCACCAAGCCUGUUGGUCAGCUGAGAAGGAGGCAGCUCUCUCGUUCUGACUCUAAAUCUGUGGAAUGUUCACCACCCAGAGAGACCCAGAGGACACCAGGCCAGAGAGUAGUUUUGAGCAGAUCACUGGUGGAGAGGCACCUGGGUCACCGAUCUCCAACUUCACAAGUCAGCUUCUCCUCAGACGAUCAGCAGGUGCACGAGGAUCAGGAUGAGAAGGAAAGGCCGAGACCUCGUGACCGAGAUGUUCCUCGACCUGUAGAUACACACCGGGAGUGUGUGUCGGGGAGCAGGUUGAGGGUGGUGGAGGCAGGUCUUCAGCAGUGUGUGUGCAGGUUGGAGCAGCAGCUGGCCAUGCUGGACGUGAGGGUGCAGGCUCUGGAGGAGAGCACAGCUGGAAAGAUCUGUAUAGAGCGCAGUGCGUGGGAGGAGCUAGAGAACCGGGUACUGCUGCUGGAGACGGGACUGACGUUAACCAGGGCACAGGAUCCGAUGAGAACAAGUGGAGUUACGAGUGUGGACAUGAGCCAACACACUGAUGAGAGCGCCAACCAAUUAUCAUCGUCCUCAGAGGAGAACAUUAAAGAGAGACUGGAGAGAAUUGCCAGUAUGAUGAAGGACACGUCCAGCCUUUUGAAGAAUAUCGAGCCGACAAUAUGAGUUUCUGAGAGUGUUCUUCAUCAUCAGGUGUGUUCAUCACAUCCAAGUGAAUGUAGACACGUAAAGGGAAAGAAAACCUCCUCGGAUGAUGAGCCGGGUUAAAUUCCUCGUCGUCGUAUUUAUUUAUACUGUUUAACGGACCAGAUGUAGUGAUGAUGUAAGCUGCUUCGUAGUGAAUUUAUAUUAAAACUUGUAUUUUUUUAAGCUCGGAUUAAUUUUCAUGCUGGAACUGCAUUUCUCCGUUGAAGUGCCGUUGAAGUGUCAUUGAAGUGCCUUGUCCAGUAGAUGUCCCUGUAACGCUGUACCUCAGGUUAACGUGCCUUUACUGCCCUCUGUGGUCUGUCAUGUGCAUCACCAUGAUGUUCCCAGAGGUGAAAACAUGAUGUUUGUAUUUUUAUAUCAGCCUGGCUUUCAAGUAAAACCACAGAAGUGAUGAAUAAUA